GAAACAGAGAGCACCUGCCACUCAGGUAAAACUGACUCGUCCAGUAAGCAACACGACUUCGGCAGACGAUUUUGAGCGGAGGGAGUGCACGGCGGUCACUUGAAAAGAGCGAGCGGUGCGUGAUUUGCGAACACUUGAGGGAGAAGGGAUAAUUUAUUAAAUCGUUUGAGGGUGUUUAUCGUGAACUCUCCUUGUGGUGGAGUAAAGUGCGUUUUCUCAAGAGGACCAUUUGUUACCUUAAGUUCUCCGGAUUUUGAGCAGACGAUAAAGCAGUUGGAAGUUUCUGUUUCCCGUUGCGUUGGGGUGCAGCUGAGAUCCAAGAACAGAGAAAGAUGAACGGUUUUUUGCAACUAAUUGUGAGGAUGGUACUAUUGGCUGGGAUAGUCCUUGCAGAUCCCCCUCGAAUGAUGACAGCUAUAUCCAGCAACCCCCUCUUUUCUCCUCUUGCACCUCCCACAGUCCUGAAACAGGGUUGUCCCCGCAGAGAAGACAUCCAUCCUUGUGAAUGCCUCGAAAUACCCAAACCUGAAUCGGCCAGUGGGGAGGCCGGGAUAGAAACGGUGGCCUUCUGCAAGACCAUCCGCAACACCCAAGUCUUGCAGAACGCCAUGAAGGGCAUGCAAGGACACAUUAUAGACUUCAUGGUCCUGGACAGUUGCAAGCUCCCACCCUUCCCCAAUGGCCUCUUCUUCAAUGUCGGCAUCAAGUGGAUGGAGAUCCUCAACUCCACAGUGCAGCUCAAACAGAAUUUCUUCGAAUGUGCAAGCAACUGUUGGUGAAUUGUGAACUGAUAAAUGGUUUAUCAGAAAACUGAAUUAACAGCACCUUAAUUUAUUGUUCAAGUUUUUGUUGGAACGUUUUUUUCGCUCUCCACGAGACAUAAUGACCUGAUCUCUCAGUAUGUUGCAUUCUCAAUUUACUUUGAAGGACUUGCUUCAUAUUACACUUAUUAUCACCUACCAUAAAGGGUGUGGGCACAACAAAUGUGCCAAUAAUAAGAUAUCCAUUUAAAGGAUCAUUCUUGAUAUACCCAGUGUUUAGUGAAAAUAUCCCUUUUCAAGGUCUAAUAGAGAUUGAAUAGACUGCCAGUAAAUAUGUAUUGGCUUGACCACAAAAUGUAUUAUAAUUCAUGAUUAAGGACGAAUUUUUGUCUCGAUUUAAAGACAAACUGAUGUCUUUUCUUUUUUUACCAAAUGACCAAGCUGUAUUGUUUCUUCCACUUUUGACAUUUAGAAAUAUUUGUGUGUUGAAAUAAUAAUUCAGGUUAUUAGAAUGCGUCUUUAUAUCGUAUUGAAGUUCACUUUGAUGGUUGCCAGAAAGAUAGUGAAAUUAAUUAAAUCAAAAUAUGGAUCAACUUGAAAUUCUUGCAGCAGGUGAAAGAAGAUGCACCGUGCUUAGAAUGUUUAUUUGUUGACAAAUGUUAUAAGUGAAAAUUGGAUAGGAUUGUGCCAUUUUUGUUUCAACAUUUUCAACUCUCUUAUUGUAUUGCACUUAUUCCACUAAGACCAGAAACUUAAAUGGAAAAUUUAUACUGGGAAAUAUUUUAAAUAUUUCAAUCUAUAGUUUCUACCAUUCAAUUUUUUGCACUGCAAAUGAAUAACUGUAUCGGUUAUUAAACAUGUAUAUACCUCUAUCCGUCUAUCUAAUUUUUUUAACCAUGCAUUUAGGUUGCAUUCGUAGCAUUUAUUCCAAAAUUAAGAAUCAAUGUUGAAUUCUUAAGCCUAUCAUUGUUUUUUGAGGAUCUUAAAAUUCAUAUAAAAUAAAUUUUCGAUACAAGUAACUAAUUGAUUUUUUUUGUGUGUGUGAUGUGUUGUUUUCAAUGCCGAAAAUAAUGCAAGAUGAAAACCAUUUACAUUAUCUAAUAUCUUGUCCUACUUCGGAAAAGAAGCAAUUUUAAACAAUUUCAUGAAAUGGUACUAAAACUUUUUAUUUUAUUUCAUCUCAUAAUGAAUUCAAUGCACCAAUCGAUCGAGUAUAAUAUAGUAUAAAAAAGAAUAUGCAUCAAAUGAACAGUUUUGCAAUAUUUAAGUACCAUGUUUUGAAAUACUUUAUUGGAAACCAAACAAACUCGAUUUUUGUUGUUGAGGUUUUUAAUUCUAAGAUUAUAAAAAUCAGUUGUAUUAUAUUAUAUAUUUUUAAUGCAAAUAAUUACUUUUAUGUUAUCAUUUUGUCCCAAGAUGAUAUUUAGAUGUUUUAAAUUUCUCUCACUUUUUUAAAAAUCAGAUUUCAUAUCUAUCACAACAAAAUACUGUAACCGUAAUCAUCUGUAUACAUGCACUAGCAAUUCACAUUUUUAAUAUCGCAUAUAUACAUCACUGUGAGCACAUUUAGAAUUACAUUUGUGAUGAAAUGCGAAGCUGAAGGCAUUUAUUUCAUGUUUUUAUAACUCCUGUUGAUGUAUGUAGAAGUUAUUACCGAGUUGCAUUGUUGUGAUAUCGAUUUUUGUUGAUUGUAAAU